AUGACGCUGCAAUCCUUCAAGGUCAUUAUCAUAGGUGGGGGGCCGGUUGGGAUCACAGCUGCCCAUGCCCUUCAUCACGCUGGUAUUGACUUCAUCGUACUCGAGCAACGCGAUGAUGUAUUUGAGGAUGUAGGUGCUAGUCUAGUCGUCAGUCCACACAAUUUACGCGUGUUCCACCAAUUCGGCUUAUUGGAGAAACUCUCCGAUAUUGGCUAUCCGUUCCUUCAUCAUAACGAGGGUUUCAACACAAAGAAACCAAAGUUCAAACGCUCGUACGCUCUGAGCCUUUUGCAGAAAAACCACGGCAGUGCUCUACUGACCUUUCACCGAGCCCAACUCAUCCGAACGCUUUAUGAUGGCUUGCCUGAAGUUGCAAAAGCUCGCUACCGUACGGGCAAGAAGCUCUCUGACAUUGUCGUUAGCAAUAAUGGCGUGAGGGUCAUUUGUGCCGAUGGCACAUCAUUUUCAGGCUCUGUCGUCAUUGGUGCAGACGGUGCUCACUCCAAAACCCGUCUGGUUAUGCGUCGUCAUGCGCUAGAAGCAGAUCCAUCCUUGACUCCCAUUUGGGAUGUUGAAUCACCAUAUACAUCAACCUAUAGAUGUCUUUGGGCAUCUAUACCUCGACUUUCCGAUCCUGGAGACAGCUACGAGAUGCAAGGUCAGGACCGCUCAGUAGUAUACCUUACGGGCCGCGAGAACUCGUGGAUAUUCCUUUACGAGAAGCUUUCCCAAGCGUCGAACAAGAGAGUUUUCUAUGACGACAAUGAUCGCCAACUCUACGGGGCCACUUUUUCCCAAUGGCCACUUACUGAGACUUUUACUGUCUCAGAUGUACUUCACGACCCCUCUUGCAUUUCUGGCAUGGCAAAUCUGGAAGAAGGAAUUGUUAAAAACAUCAGUUGGAGUGGAAGAAUCGUACUCGUCGGAGAUGCGUGUCACAAAUUCACUCCAAAUUCUGGACUAGGUUUCAACAACGGAAUUCAGGAUGUGGUUUCACUAUGCAACCAACUGCACACGCAAAUAUCCUCCUAUAUCGCCAGCCCUGCAGGAGGAGAGGCUUUGGAUCAAAUCGUUCUUCAAGCUGCAUUUGACAAAUACCAGCACGAGAGGAAACCAUUUUUGGAGGCAGAUUACACGCGUUCUGCUCGAUCCACACGCCGUUCAGCAUGGGCUACCAGUACAGAUUACCUCUCCGGGAGAUAUAUCCUGUCAUUGCGGCUUGUGCAAAAGUUUCUCAUCACUCAUUCUAUUUGUCCCGGUAUAAAACGGGGGCUUGUGUUGAGCUAUAUUCCAUCCUCGGAGCCGCUUGUGGGCAAAAUGUUAUGGAAGCAUUUGAUGGGGAAGUCUAAAUAA